AUGUCUCUCUGGGUCGACCAAGCGGCGUCAGGAGACUUUCCUCACAUGCUGUUCUACGGACCGUCAGGGGCAGGGAAGAAGACACGUAUAAGCUGCACACUGAAACAGUUAUUUGGUGCAGGGGUGGAGAAGCUAAAAAUCGACCAGCGUGUUUUCCUCACACCUUCCAAAAGGAAGAUGGAGAUCAACAUCGUCCAAAGCAACUACCAUAUUGAAAUCACACCGAGUGAAGCGGGAAACUAUGACCGGUUGAUUGUGCAAGAGAUCCUUAAAGAGAUCGCGCAAACGCAGCAGGUCGAUCUGAAUGCAAAGCAGCGGUUCAAAGUUGUCGUCAUCAAUGAAGCAGACUCCUUAUCCCGGGACGCGCAGGCCGCUCUUCGAAGAACAAUGGAGAAAUACAUGUCGAAUAUGCGAAUUAUUCUCUGCGCCAACAGCACCAGCAAACUCAUUGCACCCAUCAAGAGUCGAUGUCUCCUCAUUCGAGUCGCAGCACCCAAUGAGGAGGAGAUGGCCACCGUGCUUAAUUACGUCGCCAGGAGAGCAGGGUUCGAUCUACCGCCUGAAGCUGCAAAAGAGAUCAUCGAUGACUCCGGUGGAAAUCUUCGCAAGGCUAUUCUUGUCCUCGAAGCAUUGAAAAUGCAAUCCCCUGACCUCACUGGUCCUUUGACGAUAGCCAAACCAGAUUGGGAGACGUAUUGCCACAAGGUUGCAGAUCUCAUCGUUAUGGAGCAAUCACCAGCACAGGUCAUGGCGACUAUCGCGGAGCGGGUUGUGGAGAAAGUGGACGAGAGCUUGAAAGCGGAUGUAAUGCACUGGGCAGCGUUCUACGAGGUAAGAAUGCGAUUAGGCAACAAGAAGAUCUUCCACCUCGAGGCCUGGGUUAUCAAGGUCAUGAGCCUGUACAAACACUUUUUCUACGAUAUUGAUAUGUCCGCCUUUGACUAG